AUUGCCUCGUACCUGAGUCGGUAUACAUAGGUACCUCGUACUUGGUGGUACCGUAGACAAGAAGAAGACGGCAACAUCUUCGGGGUCUUGUCUCGACCUGCAGUGUGACAUCUACGCUUAAGCUGUAUCCCAACGUUAACCGCCUCGCUCUCUGCAGCUUCCUUGCUGCUCUACUCUCCACAAUGCCCAAGAAAGGCAGCAAGUCAUCAAUUCCCACAGAGUCGGCCGAUAUCACCCCGCCAGCUUCUCUCAACGAUGGCCCUCUCCCCAAGCUGGUCGUGUUUGACCUGGAUUACACAUUGUGGCCCUUUUGGGUUGAUACUCAUGUCACGCCUCCUCUGAAAGCCUCCACGGAUCACGAUUCAGCAAAAGACCGCUUCGGGCAGGAUUUCGCCUUCUAUCGUGAAGUCCCUUCGAUUCUCUACUCGUUACGUGAUCGCGGAAUCAAAGUAGCUGCAGCAUCCAGAACUUCUGCUCCUGAUUUGGGACGGGAAAUGUUGCGGCUGCUACACAUCCCAGAUCCGGAUGGAAAGAAAAAGAAAGCAAUCGAGUAUUUUGACCACUUGGAGAUAUAUCCCGGCAACAAGAUCACACACUUCAAUAAGCUGCAAAAAGCUACGGGUAUCAGAUUCGAGGAGAUGUUAUUCUUCGAUGACGAGACGAGGAAUAGAAACGUGGAAACACUAGGAGUUACAAGUGAGUUAUUUUGCUACCCUCUUUGGAACGACUCUCUAACCGCUUUAAGUGUAUUUGGUAUAUACUGCCUUCCUGCGAAUCCUUUAAACUGAUAGUACUGACUUCAAGCAGGUCAGAAAUGGAGUUAGCAAAGCGGAGGUGAAUAAUGGCAUCAAGGAAUGGAGAAAACGCCAUGGGCAUGUGAUUGAAACGGAUUGAAUGAACUGGGCCUUGAGAUGAACAAAUACACAAGGUUAGGUUAGAGAUACCCCGCUAACAAGAUACUUUUAGAAAUGAAUUAGGAAAAAUGCGAGAGAGAUAGUCUGCAUGGACAUCUGUAAAUAUUAACAGCAAUUUAUCUUUGCC